GGUGACGAAGUGAUCCUACGCCCGGCUGUCUCUAUGUUCUAUCCAAAUUUCUCCAGCAUGGCGACUCAAAAGCCUGUCGAGUGGGUCUCAUCGCUCAUCAUAAGAUUCGAGGAACAGUUGCCAUGUCGGACAGGCCCCCAGACCCAACACUCACGGUUCAAUGUGGAACAGAACAAGGAAUGUCUCAUACAGAUCAGCAGAUACAAGUUUUCCCUAGUCAUCUCCGGCCUUUACAAGAUCUUACAGAAAGUCAAUGAGAUGCGACCCCAUGGCCCAGACUUCGAGAAGAACUACUACGAGUCACUACUGAUUGUUUUAGACACCCUGGAGAAGUGCCUGUCUUCCCAGCCAAAAGAUACAACUAGAGAUGAAGCAAUGAAUGUGAAACUCCUCUUAAGGGAAACUUGUCAGUUUAUUGAUCUACCAAAUAAUGAUCCUAUGGUAGUUCAGCUAAAGAAUUUGGCAUCUAAAGUGCUGUUUGCUCUAAGCCUCAACAACUUCAAUGCUGUUUUCAAUCGAAUAUCUGUGAGAUUACAAGAACUAAGUACAAGUAGUACAGAAGAAAAUCCGGAUUAUAGUGAUAUUGAGUUAAUACAGCACAUUAAUGUUGAUGUAAACAGACUCAUCAAGCUUCUAAAUGAAACCAUUCAGAAAUUUCGAAGUUUACGGAAGAAUGCUCAAAUAGUGCUUAUGAACUCAUUGGAAAAAGCGAUAUGGAAUUGGAUGGAUACAUACCCUAAUGAGUUUGCUGAUCUGCAGAAACGACGGAACGAAGAUUUAGCGAAGUGUUGUGAGAUUAUGUUUGAACAUCUGGACAGCUUUACAGAAAACAAUAAAAGAAGAGCUGCUGUUUGGCCCUUGCAAAUUAUGUUGUUAGUUCUCUCACCUAAAGUUUUAGAAGAAAUAGUGAAUGCAGAUGCUGGUGCUCCAUGUUCGCAGAGGCAUUUCAAAAAGAAGCAGUUUAUUGACCAGUUGAAAAAGGCUUUGGUGCCUCACAACAUUAGUAGACAUCUAACUGAAGCAGCAGCUGUCACCUGUGUUAAGCUGUGCAAGAUUGCAACUUAUAUUAAUAUCAACGAUUCAAACAAUGUUGUUUUUGUAUUAGUGCAAAGUGUGAUUAGUGAACUUAAGAAUUUGCUCUUCAACAUUGUGAAACCGUUCUCCCGUGGCCAAGCAUACAUUUGCCAAGAUGUAGAUUUAAUGAUCGACUGUUUUGUGUCCCUGUUCCGCAUCCUCCCACACAACAACGAGGCUCUCAAAGUCUGCCUUAAUCCAAAUUCCCAGUCAACUUACCAUUUUGUGUUGGUCAGCUCUCUUUACAGAAUAAUCACACAACCAAGACUGCCUUGGUGGCCACAAAUUGACAUUGUAUAUAACAAGUCGAGUGAGCUGAGGUCAAUGUUCACUGAUACUCUGAACAAGGUGACACAAGGUUGCAUCUCUCACACUCCUCUAAGGAUGAUUCAUGGUCUAACACUGAAAGAGAAAGUGAUACCUCUGAAGUUCAAGGAAAAGUCCUCCGAUGAAGCUCCAUCUUACAAGAAUCUGCUGCUGUGGAUGGUUCGCCUGAUUCACGCUGAUCCUAUGCUUAUGCUGAAUAAUCAAGGCAAAGCUGGUCAUGAGAUCCAGAGUUCUACGCUUGAGCUCAUCAAUGGCUUGGUGUCAUUGGUCCAUAAUCCCUCAAUGCCUGAUGUUGCUGCUGAAGCCAUGGAGGCAUUGCUUGUGCUUCAUCAGCCGGAGAAGAUUGAGAUGUGGAAUCCCGAAGCUCCCAUCAAUACAUUUUGGGAUGUCAGUUCACAGGUGCUGUUCUCCAUAUCCCAGAAGCUUAUCCAGCAUCAGAUUGUCAACUACACAGAGAUUCUCAAAUGGUUGCGGGAUAUCUUGGUUUGUCGUAAUGCCUUCCUUCUUCGCCACAAGGAUUACGCCAAUUGCAAUAUUGGUGCUCAUAUAGCUAUUUGCAAACAAGCCCAUAUCAAACUAGAGGUUGUGUUCCUAAUGUACCUGUGGAGCAUAGACAUGGAUGCUGUGCUAGUUGCUAUGUCAUGCUUUAGUUUGCUGUGCGAAGAAGCGGAUAUUAGGUGUGUGUGGGAUGAAGUCACAGCAACGGUUACCUACCUGUUACCAAACUAUCAUGUCUAUCAGGAGUUAGCUUCUGCCUCUACCGUCCUCACAACAGGCAGGGCUGCCCUCCAAAAACGAAUCAUGGGUUUACUUCGGAAGAUUGAGAAGUGGACGCCUGGUUGCCUGCAGGCUUGGGAGGACACUUUUAUUAAUUGGGAAAACUCCACAAAGAUGUUAGUUUCUUAUCCAAAAGCAAAACUAGAGGAGGGCCAAAUAUCAGACAGCUUCCACCGCACUGUGUAUAGGAGGAGAGCCUCACACCAGAGUACAGAACAUGAGCUUGAGAUACAGGACCAAGUAAAUGAGUGGGCUAAUAUGACUGGGUUCCUCUGUGCUUUGGGCGGAGUGUGCUUGCUAGGGAAGUCCCCUUCACGGCAGCAAGGUGUAAGCUCAAACCUCACUAGUGAUGUAAGAAAACCGGCAGUUCUACCCAAUACCAACCAGGAUAUGCUCUACUGUCCAGUCACACAGUUUGUUGGGCACCUCCUCAAGCUCUUAGUCUGUAACAAUGAGAAGUUUGGAACCCAGAUUCAGAAGCAUGUGAAGGAGUUGGUUGGUCAUGAGAUGUCACCUUUGUUGUAUCCAAUUCUUUUUGACCAAAUUAAGGUCAUUGUGGAUAAGUUCUUUGACCAACAAGGCCAGGUUAUUGUAAGUGAACUAAACACUCAGUUCAUCGAACACAUAAUAUUCAUUAUGAAGAAUGUUUUGGAAAACAAGACCGAUCAUCCAUCUGAGCAUCUUGGUGUUACAUCAAUCGAACCCAUGAUGUUAGCUAUAGUGAGAUAUGUACGUCAUCUAGACACCACAGUGCACACGUUGCACAUCAAGACUAAACUGUGUCAGUUAGUGGAGGUGAUGAUGCAAAGGAGAGACGACCUGGCCUUCAGACAAGAGAUGAAGUUCCGUAACAAGAUGGUAGACUAUCUGACUGAUUGGGUCAUGGGAAAUUCUCACCAAAUUGCUCCUCCAGGAACAAUAGAUGUUGCCACUGUUUCAAACAUGUACAUGCAAUAUGAUAUCACGGGAUGUUGUCGAGACCUUGAUCAAGCAUGCAUGGAGGCAGUAGCUGCCCUCUUGCGAGGGCUGCCACUCCAGCCAGAGGAAAGUGACCGUGGGGAUCUGAUGGAGGCAAAAUCUCAGCUCUUUCUUAAAUAUUUUACCCUUUUCAUGAACCUCUUGAAUGAUUGUAUGGAAGCUCAGGAAGUUGAGAAGGAUGUUGCACGGCAGCGGGUGCAGCCAGGUAAACUUUCAACACUGCGUAAUGCAACUAUCCAAGCCAUGUCAAAUCUGUUGUCAGCUAAUAUUGACUCUGGCCUGAUGCAUUCCAUUGGACUAGGGUAUCACAAAGAUUUACAAACUCGAGCAGCAUUCAUUGAGGUAUGUAUGAUGCUGGUGACUGUAUGUGAUGAUGACCUUGGUAUUGCUUGAUGUGAACGAUAAAUAUUGGAAAUGGUCUUGAGAUAUUUCAAGAAUUGUUUUGUAUAUAUUGAUAUGUGUUCUUGUGAUAUUAUUUAUAUGAGUUCUUGUGAUAUUAUUUAUAUGAUUCUUGUGACAUUAUUUGAUGCCAAGCACUUGCUUUCCCCAUUGCUCUGGAAUAUGUUUUACAAGGAAGUUGAAGUAUCUGACUGUAUGCAGACUCUCUUUAGAGGCAACUCACUUGGAAGCAAGAUAAUGGCAUUUUGCUUCAAGAUCUAUGGAGCAUCUUAUCUGCACAAUCUCCUAGAACCCUUAAUACGGCCGUUAAUGGACGACGUUACCCAUUCCUAUGAAGUUGAUACUGGAAGAUUAGAUCCAUCAGAAAAUGUAGAAGAGAAUAGGAGAAACCUUAUAGCACUUACACAGAAAGUCUUUGGUGCUAUCAUUUGCUCUUCAGACAACUUUCCACCUCAGCUACGAAGCAUGUGUCACUGCCUAUACCAAGUCUUAAGCAAAAGAUUUCCUCAGUUCCCACAAAAUAAUAUUGGUGCUGUGGGUACUGUAAUAUUCCUCCGAUUUAUAAAUCCUGCUAUUGUAUCCCCCUGUGAGACUGGCAUCCUGGACAGUCAGCCAUGUGGACAAGUGAAGCGAGGGCUGAUGCUGAUGUCCAAGAUCCUGCAGAACAUUGCCAACCAUGUAGAAUUCAGCAAGGAGCAGCACAUGCUCCCCUUCAACGACUUCCUGAGGCAGCACUUCGAGGGGGCAAGAAGGUUCUUCAUCCAGAUUGCUAGUGAUUGCGAGAGUGUGGAACAGACCAGCCAUAGCAUCUCGUUCAUCAGUGAUGCUAAUGUGCAUGCUCUUCAUAGAUUACUGUGGAAUCAUCAGGAAAAGAUAGGGGAAUAUCUGUCGAGCAGUCGGGACCAUAAAGCAGUUGGCAGAAGACCAUUUGACAAAAUGGCCACGUUGCUAGCAUACUUGGGACCACCUGAGCACAAACCCAUUGAUUCUCAAUGGAGUAGCAUGGACAUGACAAGCACAAAGUUUGAGGAGAUUAUGUCCAAGCACAACAUGCAUGAGAAAGACGAGUUCAAGUCCAUUAAGACGCUAAACAUUUUUUAUCAAGCCGGAACAUCUAAAGCUGGCAAUCCUGUGUUUUACUACAUUGCCAGAAGAUACAAAAUUGGGGAGACGAAUGGCGAUCUUCUGAUAUACCAUGUGAUACUCACUCUCAAACCCAUUUGCCGAAAGCCUUUUGAACUUGUUGUGGAUUUCACUCACACUUGCGCAGAUAAUAGAUUCAGAACGGAAUUCCUGCAAAAGUGGUUUGUAGUGUUACCCGAGGUUGCAUAUGAGAAUAUCCAUGCUGCCUAUAUCUACAACGCCAAUUCCUGGGUGAGAGAGUACACAAAAUAUCAUGACAGAAUCUUGGCACCCUUAAAGGGUCACAAGAAACUGAUAUUCUUGGAUGCACCAGCACGGUUAAAUGACUACAUUGAGCCUGACCAACAGAAACUACCCGGGGCAACCACUUCCUUAGAUGAGGAUCUCAAAGUCUUCAAUAAUGCACUCAAAUUGUCUCAUAAAGACACAAAAGUUGCAAUCAAAGUGGGUCCUUCAGCAAUCCAGGUAACCUCAGCAGAGAAGACCAAAGUGCUGUCCCAUUCUGUACUUCUCAAUGAUGUUUACUAUGCUUCAGAGAUUGAAGAGGUUUGUCUUGUGGAUGACAACCAAUUCACCCUGACCAUUGCAAAUGAAUCUGGACCCCUGUCAUUCAUUCAUAAUGACUGUGACAGUAUUGUCCAAGCUAUUAUUCAUAUCAGAGCAAGAUGGGAACUUUCUCAGCCAGACUCAGUAACUGUGCACCAGAAGAUUCGGCCAAAGGAUGUUCCAGGCACUCUGCUCAAUAUGGCGCUACUAAACCUGGGUUCCUUAGACCCCAACCUGAGAACAGCAGCUUACAAUCUCCUUUGUGCUCUCACUGCCACCUUUGACUUGAAAAUUGAAGGACAGCUAUUAGAAACUUCAGGGUUGUGCAUUCCAUCCAAUAACACCAUCUUCAUCAAGAGUGUCAGUGAGAAGUUGGCAGCUAAUGAGCCUCACUUGACGCUAGAGUUCCUGGAGGAGUGCAUACAGGGCUUCAGGGCUUCCAGCAUCGAACUCAAGCAUUUGUGUCUUGAGUACAUGACGCCAUGGCUGCCCAAUCUUACAAGGUUUUGCAAUCAUCCUGAUGACAAGAAGCGUGCUAAGGUUGCCAUGAUUCUAGAUAAGCUCAUAACUCUGACCAUUGAAGAGGUUGAAAUGUACCCAUCCAUACAGGCCAAGAUAUGGGGUAACAUAGGACAGGUGUCAGAGCUAAUAGAUAUGGUGCUCGAUUCCUUCAUUAAGCGGUCUGUGACUGGAGGACUAGGAUCGGGGCAAGCUGAGAUUAUGGCUGACACAGCUGUUGCUUUAGCCUCAGCUAAUGUUGCUUUAGUGGCAAGAAAAGUCAUAGGACGGCUUUGUCGGGUGAUAGACAAGACAUGCACUUCCCCCACAUCUACGCUGGAGCAGCAUUUGAUGUGGGACGACAUAGCCAUCCUGGCACGUUAUUUGCUCAUGCUCUCAUUUAAUAACUGCCUGGAUGUAGCACGCCACUUACCGUACCUGUUUCACAUCAUAACUUUCCUGGUGUGCACUGGGCCACUCAGCAUGAGGGCCUCAACACAUGGCCUAGUUAUCAACAUAAUUCACUCACUGUGUACCUGUACUAAACCCUCAUUUUCUGAAGAAACCCAGAGAGUUCUUCGACUAUCACUGGACGAAUUCUCCCUGCCCAAGUUUUACCUUCUGUUUGGAAUCAGUAAAGUGAAAUCUGCUGCAGUCACUGCAUUCAGAUCUUCAUACAGACACACAGGAGAGAGGGGACUAAGAUUAGUGCCAGAUCGUAGUCUUUCCUGUGGAAUGGGUGACCGAGAAAGACUCUCUCUCCAGUCAUUAGAAACAAUCACUGAUGCACUGCUUGAAAUAAUGGAAGCAUGCAUGCGAGAUAUCCCAGACUGUGAUUGGUUGCAAGCGUGGACUGGCCUUGCUAAGAAUUUUGCAUUCCAGUAUAAUCCAGCUCUUCAGCCAAGGGCCCUUAUUGUGUUUGGAUGUAUUAGUAAGAGUGUGGUUGACCAGGACAUCAAACAGCUACUGCGCAUCUUGGUAAAGGCAUUAGAGAGCUUCUCUGAUAUAACCCUUAUCGAUUCAAUCAUAAUGUGCCUCACGCGUCUUCAACCACUUCUAAGACAGGAGUCUGCCAUUCAUCAAGCCUUGUUUUGGGUGGCUGUAUCGGUAUUGCAGUUAGAUGAAGUGUCACUGUAUGCUUCGGGUUUAGCUUUGCUGGAACAGAACUUACACACGCUGGAUUCUCAGGGAAUCUUUGAUAAUAAUACAUUGGAGCAUGUUAUGAUGUCAACCAGGGAAUCCCUAGAGUGGUUCUUCAAACAGCUUGAUCACUCUGUUGGACUAAGCUUUAAAGCAAACUUCCACUUUGCAUUAGUGGGGCACUUGUUAAAAGGUCUGCGUCACCCAGCGCCAACUACUGUCUCAAGAACAUCCCGUGUGCUCAUUACUCUCCUCUCAAUCGUAGCUAAACCACACAAAAGAGAUAAAUUUGAGGUGACACCAGAAAAUGUGGCAUACCUGGCAGCUUUGGUUUCAGUAUCAGAGGAAGUCAGAUCUCGAUGUCAUUUAAAAUAUUCAGUUGCACGCAGCUUAUCCAAAUCAGCAUCAACGGACACGUUUGCUGUCGAUCCCCAUCUUAACUUGCCCCUGACGUCAAGCCAAGUUAGUGGCAUCAGCAAUCCACAAGGGGUAUCUCACCAGCACUCAGGAGGUGCCUCGUCUCCCAGUAAUCACAUAUCAUCUCCUGGAUUAUCAUUCCCAACCAUCGGCAGCUUCAGUAGCUUACCCAGCUCUUCAGCAACAAGUACAACCACAUUAAUGUCUGUUGGGAGUGCCAUAACCCCUGGGGCAGGUAGCAGUGGCAACAGCGGUGGCAGCAAUGGUAUGGGAAGUGCAGCUAAUGCUGCUGCUGCUUCAGUCACAGGAAGUAGCACCAGUGGUAUUGUGAGUGGUGGAGGAACUCCUCAGUCUGUUGGGACACCAGCGGAAAUGAGACCGCCUCCUACCAUCACAAAGGACCCACCCCCACCGUCCAACUCCACAACGCCUGCCAACCGGAGGCAGAAACCCUGGGAUGCUAUGGAUCAGAUUCCUUUAUCGCAGGGUGCGAUGGGUAUGCUAGGACCGCUGGGCAUGAUGCAGAAGCAGGGGAGUGCCCAGCACCUGGUGAGCAGAGCCGAUCCCAAGACGUGGCACUCCCUUGACCUUGAUCCCCAUAACAUGAGACCACCACCUUUUAAAACCCAAAGGUCGUCCUCGAUGCCCACACCAAAGGGUGACAUGUCCCCUCCGGACAAGGACCGCAGCACCAGGGUCUCCGUCAGCAACGAAAACAAUAUCCUCUUGGACCCGGAGGUGCUGACCGAGUUCUCGACCCAAGCCCUUGUCCUCACGGUCUUGGCCACCCUAGUGAAGUACACCACGGACGAGAACGAGAUGAGAGUGCUGUACGAAUACCUGGCUGAGGCUUCAGUCGUCUUCCCCAAGGUCUUCCCUGUCAUCCACUCCCUUCUGGAUGCCAAGAUCACCUCGGUGCUGUCCUUGUGUCAUGAUGGUGUGAUCCUGAGUGCUGUUCAGUCUAUAAUUCAGAAUAUGGUAGCUUGUGAGGACCAAGGACACCAACAACUGCAUGCUCUUCAAAGCUGGGGAUUCGGAGGGCUGUGGAGAUUUGCUGGCCCGUUCACCAAGAGUAAUUGCACAGCAGAGAAUGCAGAAUUGUUUGUCAACUGCUUAGAAGCCAUGGUGGAGACUGCAUUACCAACAGAAGGAGAUGAGGGCUCGGAAAUGGAGUUGGCUCAGUAUCCAUCCAUGCUCUCCGUGGCAUCAGUUAACCUCUCCUCCUCAAUGUCCUCCCUAACUCUUGCUUCACCUACAGAAAAGGUUGUAUCACCUCUCUACAAGAAUUUGGAGUCAUCGACAACAGCACAGCAAAGACCAUGCAGGCUUGAGGCUCUGAGUUUAGCUGUGAACCAGUGAUACUACAGCUAGAUUGACGGGACGGAAGGUGCAGGUGCAUCACAGAAUCUUCCAUCGCAUCCUCCUGGUUCUCGUCCCAAGCCAGUCCUACCCAACCUAAUUGCCAAGCAGCGGUCGUUCAGGUGUAAGCUGUCAAACAAAAGCAAAUAGUGCUAGUUCCUUCUGUCUGUCUUGAACAUGUUUGGAGUCAUAGCCAGAAUUUGCUGUAGUGAAAGACAAGUCACAACAUUAUUUCAUAUAUUUUAUUUAGUUUAUUAUUUUUUUAUUCAUUCAUUUUUGUUUUUUUGUUUUUUUUAACCUCCCCAAAAAAUUAUGACAAUUCUGAUGGCUUCUGAUGUCACCACUUGGUAGUGAAAGUAAUUUUACUACAAAAUUGACACUUGCAUACCCAGUUUUUUAAAUUGUGUUGACAUAACACUGAUUUUUCCAACUGGAAAUUAAAGUAAACAAAUUGUGACAUGGCAGCUCUUAGCUAUAAAAGCAGUAAUUAUUGCCAAAAAUUGACAAGUAACUUGAUAUUGCUCUGUUUUAAUCUGAGAACUCAUCCAGUGAAAGGUUGUAACUCAGGUGUUAUUAGAAUGUCAUAUUCAUUAUCUAUUAGAAAGGUUUCGUGUAUGAUGUGAUUGUCCUCAAUGCCUCUUAGUUAACAGAAGAAAUAAUAGAGCAUUGUUUAAACCUGGAUGUAAAUGUUAGAUUAUAUGACCAUAGGAUAUAAUACACAAGUCCUAUUUUGUAGAAAACUAUGAUGGAUGUGAUAUAAGCUUGCUCCACAGACUGAGCCUGCAGUGGUUACUCACAUACUGGCUUGGGACAAUGUGAUACUUUCUUCAUUCAUGGCCAAAGGUAUACUAGAUAGUUGAUCUAGUUAUAUAAGUUAUUUUGGGUGUUUGUUGAGUGUUUAGCUUCCUUACCACCAUUAUGUGGGCCUGAGUAGAGGCUACUUUUAUCAAGAAAAUUUAAUGUCACACAUUGCUUAUUCCAAGUUAUGUUUGGCAAGUACAGUUGUGUGUCAGUGUGACUGCCAAGUUAAAUGUGAUCAAUUUGAUCCUCUUUUUCUAUGGAGAAAGAGCAGCUUGUCUGUACUAGGUACAUGAGUUCUGUAAAUAUAGCUUGCAGCUAAUUAAGGAAGGAAUAUCCUCAAUACUUUUGAAAUGUAACUACUUGUGACCUGUUCGUUGUUCUCUGCAGAUUGAGUUUGGACACCCAAGACAAGGGUAUUCACUAAUACCUUAAUUCAAGCCAUGUAAUGAAUGAGUUACAUAAGAAAAACAAUCAGUAUUGUAUUUUUUUGGCAGAUAAGUGAACUUUUGUACAAUAAUCUAAGUGUAAGUGUGAGAGUGGAAGAGAAAUGAGAAAUGUAUGCAGAUGUAGAGAAAAAAAAAAUAAACAAACUAGUAAUUCAGAAACUCAUGUUGAAUAACUGGCAUGUUUUAGCUUUUCAUGUUCAUCAGGCUAUUGAAUAUACACAAUGAGGGAUAUUCUACCAAGAAUGAUUCAGCAUGGAAUCACUUUUCUUGUGUGCAUACAGCUAUAAUCCAGAUCAGGCAGUGUUAGCUUUGUAAAAAAAAACAAAAAAAAAGAAAAAAAAAAGAAUUAAAAGGAAAAAAAAAGAAAAAAAAAGAAAAAAAAGAAAAAAGAAAAAAAAGCAUUAACAGUUCACAAUGGCUGUACACACUUAGGAAUUUAGCCUGUAGGUUUUUUUUCUUUUUUUUCUGUUGUUGUAUUUUUUUUCGUAUGUAUUUUUUCAUUUUAAGCUUUAUGUCCACUUUUUAUCAUUUUCGCAAGUGGUACUAAGUCCUUUGUGAUUGUAAGAGUUCCCCAGUUGUACUGCUGGGUCUCUGCUGGACUUAGUAUUGUCAAACAGAUGUGAACUUCUGUUGAAACCAUAUUUGUUCAUUUGUUUUAUUAUUAUUAUCAUCAUCAUUAUCACAUCAUCAUAUUCAUCCUCAUCAAUUUCAUUAUCAUUAUCAUAAUCAUAAUUAUAAUCACUUUAUCAUCAUUGUCAUAACUUUAUGUAUUUGUAGUUUUAUGGUUAGGAAAUGCGGUAAUACAUAGAUUUCAUUUCCUGCGAGGAGUUUAUAUUCAGUGUAUGUUAAAGACUAUAGCACAAAGUAUAAUUCAUUCAAAUCGCGUUAUAUUAUACUUGUUUUUGAUAUAUGGAGUAUUAUGGUUUUCAUGCUCGGUGAACUUUUCACGAUUUUGUUGCUGUCAUUUUCAUGAUUGUGAUUGUUAUAAUAGAUAAUGAUGAUAUUGUUACUGUUGCUGUUAUUAUUAUUAUUAUUAUUAUUAUUAUCUUUUCUGUUAUUAUUAUUAUCAUCAUUAUUGUUGUUACUUUUAUUAUCAUUAUUUUUAUUAUUCCUAUUAUCAUUACCGUUAUUGUUUUCUAUAUUGUCAACGUUGUAAUCAUCAUCAUCAUCAUUACUGACAUUGGCAUUGUCACCAUCAUCAUCAUCAUCAUUACUCACUAUCACCACAAUAAUAAACAGUAUUAUUAUUAAUUUCUAUAACUUUAUUAUUAUUAUUAUUAUUAUUAUUGUUAUUAUUAUUAUUAUUAUCAUUAUUAUUAUUAUUAUUAUUAUUAUUAUUAUUAAUAUUAUUAUUAUUAUUAUUACUAUUGAUUAUAUUUUUAUAACCUUGACAAUGACUACUACUGUUAAAAUAGAUAUGACUUUUAAUACUGUUACUGUACUUUCCACAAAGCUUGAUACAGUAUCUCUCUCUCUCUCAACAAAUCACUAACUUGAUCAUCAGUGUCAUAGUCUGUGUCUUCACUAACAUCAUUAUGUUUCUUGCCUCUGUUUACUUGAAGUCUGUGGUAUUAAUUAUUCUAGUAAUGGUAUUAUUUGGGUUAUCCUUAUCAUUAUGUUUCUUUUCUUUUUUUUUCUUUUUUUUUCUUUUUUUUUUGUCCUUUUUCUGUGUUGUUAUUAUUUUGACUUCCGUGGUUUGAAUAUUGUAAUCAUCAUCACUCCAUCACUAUGUCACUAUCUUUCAAUCAUCGUCACCACCGCCACCAUUAUCCUACCUUCAUUAUCAUCACAAUCACUCGCAUAAUCACCACCACCAUUAUUGUCUCUGAACUUCAGUUGUCCCUUCUGUUUUAGAGCUUCUGUCUCUCUGAUAUGCGACACGAGGCGGUUUUGAACUGUAGCCAGUGAGAAUACAAAAGACCAGAAAUGACAAUACUCCCAUUUCAUAUGGCCCUUUUAUCUUUGGACAGGUUUAAUUUGGAAAUUUUGUUUUUGAAGGGGUUUCAUAGUUUGUUGCUCUACUUUCUCUCUCUCUGUCUCUCUCUCUCUCUCUCUCUUGUCUCUUGUCUC